AUGAUCCUGCCUGUAUCCAUCUUAAAUCAUUACGAUUGCAUAGUUGCACAACUACGCUUAGACCGAUCAGAAGCUAGGAGACAGCAGCGUAUAACACAAAAGUUCCAGGACACUACGUGUUUUGCAUGUCGUCAAAAAGGACAUGCCGCGAAAGAUUGUCCCGACACAAAGGCUGAUGGAACAGAGCAGAAGCAUAGCGGGAAAGUAGUAGGCAUAUGCUAUCGGUGUGGAUCUACACGACAUAACCUCUCGCGAUGUAAAGAGCCAGAGGACCCAUUGAUACCACUUCCUUUCGCAUCAUGUUUUGUGUGUUCCGGCAAGGGUCACCUUGCGUCUUUAUGUCCCAAAAACAAAGAAAGGGGUGUUUAUCCCAACGGCGGAUGCUGCAAGCUCUGCGGGAGCACUGCUCACCUAGCCAAAGAUUGCGAGUUGCGCAAAGGAGAUACGAGAACGUCUACGUCUGUCGUGGGACUGACGAAGAACGUAGGAGCAGACGAGGACGAUUUCCAUGUGCUCAAGCGCCGGACUGCUGAAGUCGACAAGGACGAGAAGCGUAUAGAAAAAAUUAAGAGGGCAGUUGUUGACGGGGUAGGCGUGCAGUCCGGCAUCAAAGUUUCUGGUGCUCCAAAACCGGGUGCGGCCAAAAAGGUGGUUCAAUUCUGA